AUGUCGAGACCCCAGGGACUGUUAUGGCUUCCGCUGGUCUUCACCCCGGGCUGUGUCAUGGUGAACUCCAACGUCCUGCUGUGGAUCGCCGCCCUGGCCAUCAGGUUCACGCUCAUCGACGGCCAGGCGCAGUAUCCUGUGGUCAACACCAAUUACGGCAAAAUCCGGGGCUUGAGAACACCCCUGCCCAAUGAGAUUUUGGGUCCAGUGGAGCAGUACUUGGGGGUCCCUUAUGCCUCGCCUCCUACUGGGGAAAGGCGGUUUCAGCCCCCGGAACCCCCCUCCUCAUGGACUGGGGUUCGGAACGCCACUCAGUUUGCUGCCGUGUGCCCCCAGCACCUGGAUGAGCGGUCUCUCUUGCAUGACAUGCUGCCCAUCUGGUUUACUGCCAAUCUGGAUACCCUGAUGACCUACGUUCAAGAUCAGAAUGAAGACUGCCUUUAUUUGAAUAUCUAUGUGCCCACGGAGGAUGGAGCCAACACAAAGAAAAACGCUGAUGAUAUAACCAGUAAUGACCGUGGUGAAGAUGAAGACAUCCAUGAUCAGAACAGUAAGAAGCCAGUAAUGGUGUACAUCCAUGGCGGGUCUUACAUGGAGGGCACAGGCAACAUGGUUGACGGCAGUAUUCUAGCAAGCUACGGCAAUGUCAUCGUGAUCACAAUUAACUACCGCCUGGGGAUUCUAGGGUUUUUAAGUACCGGCGACCAGGCGGCCAAAGGCAACUAUGGGCUCCUGGAUCAGAUCCAGGCCUUACGUUGGAUUGAGGAGAACGUCGGGGCCUUCGGCGGGGAUCCCAAGAGAGUGACCAUCUUCGGCUCCGGCGCGGGUGCUUCUUGUGUCAGCCUCUUGACCUUGUCGCACUAUUCAGAAGGUAAUAAAAGCAUCCCCACAGUGGGUCUGUUCCAGAAGGCCAUCAUCCAGAGCGGGACCGCCCUGUCCAGCUGGGCCGUGAACUACCAGCCUGCCAAGUACACUCGGAUAUUGGCAGAUAAAGUCGGCUGCAACAUGCUGGAUACCACGGAUAUGGUGGAAUGCCUUCGGAAUAAGAACUACAAAGAGCUCAUCCAGCAGACCAUCACCCCGGCCACGUACCACAUCUCCUUCGGGCCCGUCAUCGACGGGGAUGUCAUCCCCGACGACCCUCAGAUCCUGAUGGAGCAGGGGGAGUUCCUUAACUAUGACAUCAUGCUUGGUGUCAACCAGGGGGAGGGGCUGAAGUUCGUGGACGGCAUCGUGGACAACGAGGAUGGUGUGACGCCCAACGAUUUUGACUUCUCGGUGUCCAACUUCGUGGACAACCUUUAUGGCUACCCAGAGGGGAAAGACACCUUGCGGGAAACCAUCAAGUUCAUGUACACGGACUGGGCAGAUAAGGAGAACCCUGAAACACGGCGCAAAACCUUGGUGGCGCUGUUCACGGACCACCAGUGGGUGGCCCCCGCCGUGGCCACCGCGGACCUGCACGCACAGUAUGGCUCACCCACCUACUUCUACGCCUUCUACCACCACUGCCAAAGCGAGAUGAAGCCCAGCUGGGCGGACUCAGCCCAUGGCGAUGAAGUCCCCUAUGUCUUCGGGAUCCCCAUGAUCGGCCCUACUGAGCUCUUCAGCUGCAACUUCUCCAAGAAUGAUGUCAUGCUCAGCGCGGUGGUCAUGACGUACUGGACAAACUUCGCCAAAACCGGUGAUCCUAAUCAGCCAGUUCCUCAGGACACCAAGUUCAUUCACACAAAACCCAAUCGCUUUGAGGAAGUGGCCUGGUCCAAGUAUAACCCCAAAGACCAGCUCUAUCUGCAUAUUGGCUUGAAACCCAGAGUGAGGGACCAUUACCGAGCCACAAAAGUGGCUUUCUGGUUGGAACUCGUGCCUCACUUGCACAACUUGAAUGAGAUAUUCCAGUACGUGUCCACAACCACAAAGGUUCCUCCUCCGGACAUGACCUCCUUUCCCUAUGGAACUCGACGAUCUCCUGCCAAGAUAUGGCCCACGACCAAACGCCCAGCGAUCACUCCCGCCAACAACCCCAAACACUCCAAGGACCCUCAUAAAACGGGGCCCGAGGACACCACCGUCCUCAUCGAAACCAAACGGGAUUAUUCCACUGAGUUGAGCGUCACCAUUGCCGUGGGGGCAUCCUUACUCUUCCUUAACAUCUUGGCGUUCGCGGCGCUGUACUAUAAGAAGGACAAGAGGCGCCAUGAGACACACAGGCGCCCCAGUCCCCAGAGAAAUACCACAAAUGACAUCGCUCACAUCCAGAAUGAAGAGAUCAUGUCCCUGCAGAUGAAACAGCUGGAGCAUGAUCACGAGUGUGAGUCCCUGCAGGCUCACGACACGCUGAGGCUCACCUGCCCUCCAGACUACACCCUCACGCUGCGCAGGUCCCCUGAUGACAUCCCACUUAUGACACCAAAUACCAUCACUAUGAUUCCCAACACACUGACGGGGAUGCAGCCUUUGCACACGUUCAAUACCUUCAGUGGAGGACAAAACAGUACAAAUUUACCCCACGGGCAUUCAACCACUAGAGUAUAG